CGGUCUCACCUCGCAAUUCCCUCGACGAUCGCGGCUUUUAAAAACCUCGGAGACGAGUUCUCAUGGCGGACCACCGAAAGUCUUUCUCCUUCCCCUUCUGGUUCACAUUCUCUUCCUCUCCUCGUCGCUCUCUUGUUGUAGGGUUUUGGACUCUGUGGUCGAGUAGGGGAUGGAGAUGGAGGUGUCGAGGCCGCUAAGUCUGAGAUGCUCGGUCCAAAAGUACGAUUGGGGGAAGUUAGGUAAGGACUCGAAGGUCGCGAGGCUUUUCUCGCGGAACUCGGAGGCGGAGAUCGAGCCGGAGCGGCCCUACGCCGAGUUCUGGAUGGGGACUCACGAGUCCGGGCCUUCGUUCUUGGUUCGGGGCGAGUCGGGGAGCCCUGACUCGAAGCCGGUGUCCCUCAGAAAGUGGAUUCUGGACAACCCUGGCUAUCUUGGAGAGAAGGUCGUGCACAGAUGGGGGAGUGAACUCCCCUUCCUGUUCAAGGUAUUAUCGGUGGCGAAGGCUUUGUCGAUACAAGCACACCCAGACAAGGAAUUGGCGAGGGUGCUGCACAGGAUGCAGCCGAGUAUAUAUAAGGAUCCUAAUCAGAAGCCAGAGAUGGCGAUUGCUCUCACCGAUUUCAGGGCCCUGUGUGGGUUUGUCAGCAUUGAGUUGCUUAAGGAUGUGCUUGCAGGUGUACCAGAGAUUGUAGAGCUGGUUGGUGAUGAGGAUGCAAGCAAGGUUCUGAAUAUUAAAGAGCAAGAUGGAUACAUGGAAGUAAAAUCUAUUCUGCGAUCAAUCUUCACUAAGGUUAUCUCUGCAAGUAAAGAGGCAGUUUCUGAAUUGCUGUCCAAACUAAAAUGCCGCUUGAAUGAGGAGCAUAAGAUUAGGAUGUUGACAGAAAAGGAACAGCUAGUAUUACUGUUAGAGAAGCAGUAUCCAGCUGAUGUUGGAGUUAUAUCAGUCUUUUUCUUUAAUUAUGUGAAGCUUAGUCCUGGUGAAGCGCUGUAUAUUGGUGCAAAUGAACCCCACGCAUAUAUUUCUGGUGACUGUAUUGAAUGCAUGGCUACAUCAGAUAAUGUUGUGCGAGCUGGGCUGACUCCCAAGUACAGAGACGUGCAGACUCUUUGUUCUAUGCUGACAUAUAAACAGGGCUUUCCAGAAAUUUUGCGAGGGACUCCCUUAAAUCAUUACAUUUCAAGGUAUACACCCCCAUUUGAUGAAUUUGAAGUUGAUCACUGCUUGCUUCCACCACAAGAGUCUGUGGUGUUCCCUGCCAUUCCAGGCCCAUCUAUUUUUGUUGUUGUGGAUGGGGAGGGAAGAAUGCGGAUGGGUUCUGCAAUUGAUGAAGAAAUGGUCGCAGAGGGCCAUGUAUACUUUGUGCCUGCGCAUAGUGAGAUUGCGCUAACUGCUGCUCCUGCUGGACCAUUGCAACUAUAUAGAGCUGGAGUGAACAGCAGAGUUCUUUGAUUAGUAACUGUCGAACAUAUAUUACUGCAGUUCUCAAAUAAUAGAGACAGUUCUUUGAUUAGCAAUCAUCAAAGAUUUAUUAUUGUAGUAUUCAAAUAAAUAAAGAUGGCCCAUUCCAUGAGACUCCCUACCACUAUCUGGGAAGGUUUAAAUGUAUGCUGUCUUACCUGUGUAUGCAAAGAGGCUGUUUCCGUGCUCCCAAUCGACGACACCCGAGUCACAAUGCAGCAAACUUGCCGUGGUGCCAAGGCUCGGCCACUCAUGUAGUUCUCAAAUAAAUAUGGCAAAAUUAUAUGGCCAUUAUCCUUUUUUUUGGUGGACCUUAUCCAUGUUUAUGGACGGUAUGAGAUGUAGUAUGAUACACGUAUAGUUCAAUGAAAUCAGCUACAUGACCUUUUUGUA